AUCAGCAUAAUUGCGACGGCAACAUGUCGGUUACCGGGAAUAAUCUAUUCAUGAUGGAGGUGAUCGUGUACCGCGUGACGUUAACGGAUCAGAUCCAGAUACACAACACGUGUCCGGUGUGUGUGUGCUUCCGGUUUCCGGGUCUGGUCGAAUUGGUAAUAUGUGAGGGUGGAUAUUGCGCCGACGGCAAGGUUGGCGGGGGUGAAAUCCUGAUGGCCAACGGCAAGUCUUGCUUGUUCACGGUCAGCACAGCGGACCUUUGCCGGACUGCCCGAGACUUUUGCGCCAUCGUCAGCGUGAACAGGCGAGUGCUUGGCGAACAGCAAAUGCGAUAUGUGGCGCAGACGAAGCUCGAGUUCGAUCGGACGUUCGUCGACCUUAUACUGAAUCCCAACCAGGAUCAAAGGGCCCGCAAACUGAAACGGGUUUUGCCGUUGUACGAUAAUGGCCGACCGAAUCCCGUUGGCGCUAUAGAAGUCUUCGUCCGUUUGACUUCACAAGGGGAUUUAGUGGUGACUCAUUUCAACCGUGCACCGGAUAGCAAUAAAUAUCAAUACAAAGCAGUAAACGACUGCGUUUCUACACAAGCGUCGACGAUGAAUUGUACCGAAAGAAUAAUGUUCAACCCAAAGAAAAUGUGCAAACACAGAACUUCGUGUAGGAACAAACGACCUAAAGUCAAGCCAGAUCCCAGCAGCAAUUGUGUCUCGGAAAUGAAACAGGCCAACUGCGUUAUGACAAUGAUGGAAAAGUUAACAGCCUUAUACAAAGACAUGAAAACUGGUUGGUCGGCUCGCAGUGGCGAGUUUAACGAGGACGGAAAUCAACAUGGCCAACCGUGCAUGUUCGACCUGAAUUGUCCGGCCGCCCGUUGUCCAUUCAGGACAGGACAAGCGUCCAACGCGUUCGUCGACCACUUGAUCGACGGCACCCGUCCCGGCAACGCUUGGUCGUCGAAUAAUCGGUUGAAAAACCGCGAAAUCGUCGACGAUGCGGAUUUGUUCGUCGUGAACGUGGGCCGGGUAGACCCAUGCCGGAUGAUCGCGCCCCUGGUGUACAAGGACGGUUGCUCGCAGUGUUUUGAAACGGACUUUUCGACGAUACUAUUGCCGCCGCCGCCGCCCGUCAAGAAAAAUAAACGCAAAAAAUCGAAAAAGUCAAAAAAAUCGAAAAAAUCAAAAAAAUCGAAAAAAGCGAAAACCUAAUCCAGCAGUCUAUAAACAUUGAUUUUUAACAACAUUUUUGAAAAAAUAAAAAAUAUUUUUUAUU